CCCUCUCUUCUGCUGUCCCCCGCCCUUUGCAAACAUUGGAUUUAAACCUGCUCAGAAUUCAGCACAGAGGAAGGCGGCAGCGGCAGCAGCGGCAGCGGCCCAGCCGCGGGGACACCGCAGCCUCAAGAUGCACCACCCCGCCUGCUGGAUUGUCUUCUCCGUGACGACUGCCCUGCUCUUCAUCCCAGGAGUGCCCGUGCGCAGCGGCGAUGCCACCUUCCCCAAAGCGAUGGACAACGUGACGGUCCGGCAGGGGGAGAGCGCCACCCUCAGGUGUACCAUAGACGACCGGGUCACCCGGGUGGCCUGGCUGAACCGCAGCACCAUCCUCUACGCCGGGAACGACAAGUGGUCCAUAGACCCUCGCGUGAUCAUCCUGGUUAACACGCCGACCCAGUACAGCAUCAUGAUCCAGAACGUGGACGUGUACGACGAGGGCCCCUACACCUGCUCCGUGCAGACGGACAACCACCCCAAGACCUCCCGGGUGCACCUCAUCGUGCAAGUUCCCCCCCAGAUCAUGAAUAUCUCCUCAGACGUCACCGUGAAUGAGGGGAGUAGCGUGACCCUGCUGUGUCUUGCUAUUGGCAGACCUGAGCCAACGGUGACGUGGAGACACCUGUCAGUCAAGGGCGGCCAGGGCUUUGUGAGUGAGGACGAAUACUUGGAAAUCUCCGACAUCAAACGUGACCAGUCCGGGGAGUAUGAAUGCAGCGCCUUGAACGACGUUGCUGCCCCAGAUAUGCGGAAAGUGAAAAUCACCGUCAACUACCCGCCCUACAUCUCCAAAGCCAAGAACACGGGUGUCUCUGUGGGCCAGAAGGGCGUCCUGAGCUGUGAAGCCUCUGCAGUGCCCACGGCUGAGUUCCAGUGGUUCAAGGAGGAUACCAGGCUGGCCACCGGCCUGGACGGCAUGAGGAUCGAGAACAGAGGCCACAUAUCCACACUGACCUUCUUCAAUGUCUCAGAGAAGGAUUACGGGAACUAUACUUGUGUGGCCACGAACAAGCUUGGGAAUACCAACGCCAGCAUCACGCUGUAUGGGCCUGGAGCUGUCAUUGACGGUGUAAACUCGGCCUCUAGAGCGCUGGCUUGCCUCUGGCUAUCAGGGACCCUCUUUGCCCACUUCUUCAUCAAGUUUUGAUAAGAAACCAUAGGUCUUCUGAGCAACGCCUGCUUCUCCAUAUCACAGACUUUACCUACACUGCGGAGAGCAAACGAGUUUGGGCUUCUUUUUGUUUGUUUCUGUUCUUCUCCUUGAUUUGGAUUUUUCUUUGUUUGGUUGGUCUGUUCAUUUGAUUUUUCUAUCCAGUUUGAAUGAGUGGGGUUGGGGGGGAGGGGUGUGAAGGGUUCUACCAUGUGUAGAAUAAUCAUUCAUUGGUGUGUCCAAAAAUGGAAUCUGUCCCUCCACCUUGGCCCUUCCCUUUCCUCUGCCUUUCCAACACCAUCACCACCAACCCUACCCCCCCAGCGAACCAUAAGCUCCAUCUGGGCA